CUUAUACCUUAUUUUGUGAUUAUUUUCAGUUUUUUACAAGAGAAAUAAUAAAAUCAAUAGUAAAUUUUCUUUUCUCAUUCGAUGUAUUAGAUAUUAAACAAAAAAAAAAAGAAAAACCUCUUUAUUUUGACAAAGAGGAUCCUGACUGCUUGUAAUGCGUGCUUUCAUUGUCAUUUGAAGUCUCGAACGUGAUAGUUCCAUGUAUAAAAAUUUGACAAUAAAGUGCAUAUUCAAAUUGCCAUUGUAGAUAGCAUUAUUGCGAUCAGGAAUUUGAUAGGACUUAAUAUGAUAGGCAAAAAUGAAGAAGAAGAUACCAAUGAUAAUAAUUUAUAUCGAAUUAAAUUAAUAGCCAAUAAGAGAAAAUCUUUGGAAGACAAUACAGCACAAAUUCAAGAGAAGAUUAAACAUUGUUUUGCACAAUUGACAGAUGUAUUAAGAUCGAGAGAAAGGCAACUAUUGCGUCAAGCUGAAGCAGUACACACUCAACAGCUUUCUUUGUUACAAUCGAGCUUAGAUUUUAUUCCUUCGUUAAUUGUGAAUUUGCAAAAGAAAGAAGACCUUUUAGAACAGAUACAUCAUUUUGGGAAUAUAGAAUUAUCCGGAACGAAUUGUAUUACCGUCAAAGAUAUUGAACCUUACAAAGUUGCGGAAUACGAAGAAGCUAAUAAAGAUCAUGUCAGUUUUGACAAGUCCAUUAAAUGUGAGAAAGAUGUAGAUGCUAUAACUAAACAAAUAAGGAACAUUGAUAUCGAUAAGUUAAAUGUAUCAUUAGAUUGCGCGAGUAUCUUUGAUGAUUCCAGAAGUUUUUUAAACUCCAGUUUAAAUUCAAGCAUAGAAAACGAAAGACAUUUACAAAUAUUAGAAUCAAAUAAUAUUACUGAAAUGUGCAAGGAUUCUAAAGUUUUGCCAUUGUGUUCUUCAUUAUACAUAAUAAAGCAAGAUCCUAAAACGUAUGUUAAGGAGAAUGGAGAACAUCAAUUUAAUAAUAAAUGUGCAAAUGACCUACAGGAUAUUAAUAUACCGAAUCAAGGUGCAGAUAUUUUAAUGAACGGAGUAAGUGAAGAUAUUAAUAUACGAGUGCAGCUACACGAAAAGUCAUUGGAUAAGACAGAUUCGUUUGAAUCUAAUCAUUCGGAUGAUCAACGUGAUAUGUCUGAUCGAAUAAAAAAUAUGGAAUCUAUAAAAAAUCAAGAUGUUUUGAAACCUGUCUGUGAACAUCCAAAGCAAGUUCAGCAAUGGUUACAACAAAUAUUGGUGGAAACAGAAAUAGAACCGAUAGUUCACGAAGUAGGACAAUUUUCCGAAUUAUCGGAAGUUCAGCAUUAUAAUAAGCUUCAACUGGAAACAUAAAUAACGUUACAUAAUGUUCGACAUCAAAAAGGAAUUGCACUACUUAUUUAAUUUAUAUCUCUUUGAAUUUUAUAAGAAUACUUUCAUGUCUUAAGUGGGGCCAAAGUUUCCAUGAUAAUGGAAAGUAAACCAAGAAGUCUGAUUUAUCAUUACAAUUAUGUCAUAUGCACUUUAUAACUUAUUUUCAUUAUUCGAUAUUAUUUCAUAUUAUGAUACAACGGACUUAUCUCUUUUUAUAUUUGUAUUCGAGUUUGUAAGGCAUCCUUUACAUUUAGAAAAAUGCACAUAAAGUAAUAAUGUGAUUUCAUUUUGUACUUUGAACAUUUUAUUUUUAUAAAAGUAAUUUCUUACAAGUUUUGAGUACUUCCAAAUACUUCUUUUUGAUGUUACGUUUCGUUUGUAUAAACUGAAAUGCACUGCACCAAUUGAAAGAAACGUUAAUAAAUAUUUAUUGUUCGUCAUUGAUAUAUAACACAAACGAAUAUUAAUUUGAAUAAUAUCCAAUAUACAUAUUGACUUAAAAACGCAAGAGUAAUAUUGAGAAUAAUACUUAUAACAGUACUUCAUUAAAAUUUACAUCAUUAUUUUAAAUCCAAUAAUAUCUAAGUUGUUAAUGGUACACAGAUUGCAUAAGGCGUUGCAAUAAGUGAUUAAAUCGUACCGAACUAUCAUUUAUUAAUAUAUGUGCGUAUAUUUUUAUUAGAAUUAAUUUAAAGGCUCGGUGGGGUUCGAACGAAUUACAAUUAGCAUGCAAGUUUUUUAUUAUGUUUUUCUUUUUUUUUUUAACUAUAUAUAUAUAU